AGAGCAUGGCAUAAACAUGGUGCAGAAAUCGAAAAUCGGCUGAAAAACUAGUUGUCAAAAAUGUGUUCGCGCGCCGGUAAUAAUUGUUUUUAUUUCCAAACAAAUCAUUGUUGAAUAGUCAAGAUAUAGAAAAGAUUAUUGUGCAACAUGUCUAUCGAUGAAGCACUUUCAGGCUUUGAUAUUGCAGAAUUUCUCAACACUACUCAUUCAGAAGCAUAUGAAUCCGCGAGGACUGAAAUAUCAAAACCUCCUGAAAAUCCAGGGAAAUUUAUUAUACCAGAUUUAAGUGAAAAAUGUCUGAAAUCUCUGAAAGUUACAAAAAGGAGAAUAAUAUGUGCAGACACUCUAAUCGAUACUUAUUAUGACAAGAGACAAGACUGUGAACAGCUUGAGUUGGAUAUUGCUGCAUUUCAAGAAGAAAUAAAGCAAAUACGUAUUGAAUUGAAAGAUGCUGCAGAUAAAGCAGGUUAUUAUGAAAAAGAAGUAAAUAGAUUAAACAAUGUUAAUAAGGAAUUGCUGGAAAAGUAUGAACAUACUCAAAACCUUUAUGAAGGCAUGCAGUCUCAUUGUAAUCAAAUGCAGAUUUUGUUUAAAGAAAAUGAAACCGCCAUGGAAUCAAGCAAAAUUGAAAAUCAGCUUAUUAAAACCAGCCUUAGGGAUUGCGAGAAGCAAAUAGCAAACCUUCAAACUGCAAAGGAGAUACUCUUAAAGGACAUUUGUAUGGCCAGUGGUGUUGCGUUGGGCAAAAGAAAGCUGAGUUCCCGUCGAAAACAUGUUCUAAUGAAAUAUCAGACCCAAACAGAAAUUAUCGACAGUGAUAAGAGUGAUGGUGAAACAGAUGAAAAUAAUUUGCUUUCGUUGCCACAGUCCUUCAAGUUUACACUGCCUGCAGAAAACGUUGAAAAGAAUGUUACUGAAGGAAUUAUUUCAUCCAAAAAAGAUAAUGAUCACGAUUGGGACAACAGUACUGAACUAACCAAUACAGAUACGGGCCGGGGGUCGUCACUCGCGUCUUCGGACAAAUGUUUCAAUAGUCCCGAUUACUUCCUCAUCCACAGCCCUUUCAAUCCAGAUAUUGCAGACAAUCGGAAAAAACAACUUGUCAAUACUUCGACAAGUCCCAUCCUAUUUGAAUCGAAUUAUGCUCACGUGGCUACAAGUCCUAUUUUGUUCGAAUAUGAAAAUAUACGAAUCACUCUCAGUCCUGAAACUACGAAUGGUAACAAAGAUAUGGCACUAAGUCCUCCCGAAUUUGAGAAAUCAGAUAUUAUUAAAUUGCCAGAAACGGAUAUUGGUACUGACAUUUUAUCGGAUACAGAGACUUUCGAUAUGUUUUGUGAUAAUACAACUGCGGUUGGACAAUUAAUAUCUCCCAUCAUUGACGAAAGCCCUGAUGAGGAUAAGGAUAUUGAAGUCCAAGGUGCGACUACUAAUUCAAUCACGAUGCCUGGUGAUAAUCAGCAUGACACUUCGCAGCGUAUUUCCAUGGAAUCAAUUAGUGAAAGGGAAUGUCUAGAAUUAAAUAAUAGUAAAAAUAUUGCUGCUAAUAGUUCUGGGGAUUGGGAAAUUGAAAUGAUAUUGGAAAGAAUGCGAUUACAUCAUAAGUUAAUUACCCCCAUUCCUAACUCGCCAUCAAAACCAUGUAACAGUAAUAUUACUUCACAACCCAGUCUAGAAACAAGCACUUUCUCUUGCAAAGAUGCUGAAAAAAUUUACAAAUACUUUGAAGCAAAGUUUAAUGCAUUGAAUCAACAGUAUUUAGAUAGUAUGCAAGGUAAUAUGCCAAAAAGUGGAUGUUGGAAAGAAGAUGAAACAAAUAGUAUUAUCAUAACACGACGAACUGACGAUAUGGGACUAAAAUCAUGCGCGGAAAAUGUUACAGCUUCAGGUUCUGAUGUGGCGACAGUUUCAAAAGUAAAAAAGAAACCUAAGAAAAGUGACAUUAACAGUUAUCAAACACCAGAACAGCUCACUUUGGUGAGAAAAACAUAUGGAAGAGAUCAAAGGCAUGGUAAACGCCCUAAUAUUGGCUCUACUGGCAAUGUCGCAGAUUCCACAUCAAAUAAGAUCAGUACAAGUAUAGUGAAAAACACACCACCGGUAAUUAUUAUAAAUGAGCCAGAUCAAACGGAAAGUUUGGACUGUUCUAAGAAUGAGAAUAUUGAGUCUACAUCCAUUCAUUUAUGGAUGCCUGGAGUAUUAGACCCAGACUCUCCGCUGUUAUCAUCAGAAACAGAAUUGUUUAAUGACGAUAUCUCUACAUCGAUACCCAAACGACAUGAAUGGUUAUUUGAAGAGAGUUCGUUUGAGAAAAAAUAUAGUACCAAAGAGCCCUACACUAGAAGUAAAUUGAAGCAUGGCGAGUUAACUACGAUAGAUAAACCUACACAGAAGCUGUUGCCAGAAAACAAAGGUUAUCAGAUUUUCAGUAGUCCCUCGAUAGAUGAUGAUGAAGUGCCAUUAUCUUCACUAGGUAAUAAUGUUGAAACUAAAUCUGAUACUGACAAAAUUUCAAAUGAUAUUCCUAAGGGAAAGAAAAAUUUAUUGAAGGGUAGUAAGGUUGAAAAUCGAAUAUGUGCAGGAGAAAAUGCCAAGAAUACAUUGGAGCAAGGCAAACUAACAAAAGUAGAUGAAGUCAAGUGUAAUCUCUUCACUGACAAUAAGGUUUCAAUUAUUACGUCGGCAAGUAAUGCAAAGGAAAAAAGUAAACCUGUAGAAAUAGAUGAAGACUCUAUACCAUUAUCUUCAAUGAUUGAAUGUAGUAAUUUGUCUGAAAGAGAAGAAGAUUUAUUUGAGGAUAGAUUGCUUGAAAAACAAAAUACUACCCAAGAGCGCCAUGGUAAAAAUACAUUAAAACACCGUAAAUUGACUAAACUAGAAAAAAUGAGACAAAAGUUGUUGCCUAAAAGUAAAAUAAGAUCUGCAACCCCACCAAUCAAAAAAAUGCGCCACAAACCAUUACAAAUUUCACCUCCUUCGAAACACAUUGCUCCCAGUGAUAAUGCCGCGUCCUUAAACGAUAAAGAUGUUUACGAAAAUGCAAUCAAAGUCAUGUCCGAAUUAAAUUUAAUUAAACAGACUAAAAAAAAUAAAAGCCAAUGCAAUAGUAAGGUCACAAAUGAGGCUGGUAUUUCAACCGAAAGUUCAAACAGCAAUAAAGACACACAUAAUAGUACAAAUAAAACAAAUACUUUGUGUUCAAAUGAAGCAGUGGCUAAGGAGGUAAAUUCAAUAUCUCUUACCCAAAAAAAUACAGACCAAAAGGAAAAGGUGCUGAGUAAUGUAUAUGACAAAUGCAAAAAAGAACUAGUGAUUGCAGUCGUUAAAUGCGAUAUUAUUAAGAAUGUCUCUCUACUGUCGUCUCCUGAGAAACUGCUUGCAAACAGUCAAAAUGAAAGUUUUGAAAAAACAAAGAUAAGCCCUAAUAACAAAGCAGUAUUAGACAAAAAAAAUCAGGUUCAAAGUAACCACCGAAAUGAGGAAAGAGAUGUGAAAUGCGAAGCAAAUGCGGACCAACAAGAGUCAAGAAAACGACCAAUACGGCUUUCCGAUGAUAAUCCAGACAUACAUUGUAAGAGAACAUUACGAAGUUCAACCCUUACACAGUCUAAAUCACAUGAGCAUGAUGCAAGUCUUAUUUCUAAUAUCUUAUCGGACUCUGAAAACGAUGCCAAUGUUACUAAUACCGGACCUCUAUCACCAAACAUAAAUGGCAUGCAUGAUGUUGAUUGUUCAACGCCCAAUAAAAGUUCAUCAACCCAGAGGUUAUUGAAUUAUGAAGAUAUAGAUAUGUUCACAGACGAUAAAGAGAUCCCUACAAAACAAGUUCACGAAGAUAAAGUAAAAUUAUAUCCAAAAGAUAGCAUAUUUUGUAAAAUAUUGGAACAGACUGGGAAACAACCUUUCAAGAAGAAUAGAAAGAUACUUCCAGACCCUGCUAUAUCCACAAAAAUAAAAGAAGAAAUCGCUUUGAUUUGUGAGUUGCCUCAAAAAGAUACCAAGAAUGCAAUGAAUAAUCUAGUCACUAUUAUUAAGAAUUGGGACCGCAAACAAUUUCUGGCAGGCUUUAUGGUAUACCUAGAAGAUCCAGAGCGGAAAAUGGAGCUAUUUAAAAAGAUCUACUCUCCUCCAGGACCAUCUAUGACAAAAGCAGAACAGAUACUUUUAUAUGUAAUAUCACAACUGCGAGGCAGUUGGAGUGACGUGGUUGAACGGAUACUGUGGGUCAUAGAGUAUAAGUUGUUUAACCUCAAUGCUACUCCUCAUUUUGAUCAGAUUGAGAGUAUUUCGCAUUUCUUUGCGCUUCUCUGCCGCUAUUUUAAACUGAAGAGCCGAUUGAGGCUGUUUAUGAUAGAUGCUUUGUACUGCAUGCAGUACAAGGCCGUUCCUCUAAUUAAGCAAUGUCUGGAGGUUUGGAUGCUUAUUUUACCACUGGCUCAUAUGGGCAUUGCUAAAAGUCCAAUGGUGACUACUAUGGUAUAUUUAUUGCAUUACUACAAAUGCCAAGAUCAAUCCAACAGAGUGCAAGAGAUAAAGACCAUACUCAAUAGAAAAUAUUCAUACAAAAUCACAGAUUGGAAUGAACCAAAGAUUCUAGAGAUGUACAAAAAUGCCAUCAAUGAAACACGAGGUAUACCACUGGAAAAAAAGCUACUUCGGUUGGCUGUCUUAUUAAUUGCAAAACGAAAUGGCCCAAGAUGGUGCCAGAGGAACAUGAUAACUGGCAUACUCAUGACAAUUUUGAAGAGUGAUAAGGUCUCUGAACGGGCGAAGAUAUUUUGUGCAUCUAUAUUGGGACCAUUGCUCAAGCCUUAUCGAGAUGAAAAUAUGAGAUCUAAUUGUGAAGUAGUUAUAAACUAUCUUCUGGAUAUGUUAAAACACAAUCCUUCAAGCCAGAUGGAGGAGGCAGUGUAUACCAGCUUGAUUAGCAUCAGUAGGCAUGACCUGGCCAAAGUUGUAAAACCACUGUUGGCUUGGCAUCCACAACGAGUGUCUCCAGAGAUGGAAAGGGUGUUGCGGGAUUUUGUGGCUGAGAAAAAUAUUCCUACUUGGACAAGAUUGCUAUCGGAGAUGCAGUUACAGUAAUGGUUUCGCGUAGCUUUAAACUACAUAUUUUAGAAAAUAUUAAGUUGCAUUAAGAACAUACCCAGCAUCUUUGCUUGAGCAUGUCUUGGAAGAGGCCUAUGCCCAGAAGUGGCACGAAAAAAGGCUGACUCUAUGAUAUGUUUUUUUUAUUAUUUACAUCAUGUGAUGUUACUUAUGUAUAAAAUUCAUUUAAGUAAAAACGACAUGUAUUGUAAACAAAUGUCUAGAUUUAAGAGGAUAUUAUUUAAAAUUUCUUGAUGGAAACUGUGAUUUUAUGAAAAUCUGCUUCGUUUUGGAAGUGGUAGGUAAGUUAUAAAGAUAAUGAAAUAUAAAAAAUCAAGAAUCUUA